GGCUGCGGCUCCACCCCUCAGCGUUGCCCGCAGGUGUUUGAUACCAGGCGAAUGGGUCGAGAACACUAGAACUUGUAGCGGCAUUAAAGCAGGGGGCCCGCCCGCUGGCUUGUUUCCGGUUCGGUGGGUCCACGAUGACAGAGCCGGGCGCCUCUCCCGAGGACCCCUGGGUCAAGGCAAGCCCCGUGGGCGCGCACGCCGGCGAGGGGAGGGCGGGUCGGGCUCGCGCACGUAGGGGGCCCGGAAGACGAGGGGCUUCCCUCCUGUCCCCAAAGUUCCCCCUGCUCUCCGGGCCCCGGGGCUGCCGAGAAGACAGCUCUCACCCCGCGUGUGCCCAGGUGGAGUACGCCUACAGCGACAACAGCCUGGAUCCCGUGACUGGGGCCUCUCCUCCAGGGCUGUUCGUAGACAGCUCCAGCAAGGGGAGCGUGGUGUCCAGAGCUAACAGCAUCGGGUCCACCAGUGCCUCUUCCGUCCCCAACACAGAUGAUGAGGACAGUGACUAUCACCAGGAGUCCUACAAGGAGUCCUACAAAGACCGGCGGCGGCGAGCACACACGCAGGCUGAACAGAAGAGGAGGGACGCCAUCAAGGUGACUGGGCAGGCCCGUGCCUCGGCCAGUGAGGGGGACGCCAUCAAGAGAGGCUAUGACGACCUUCAGACCAUCGUCCCCACCUGCCAGCAGCAGGACUUCUCCAUCGGCUCCCAGAAGCUCAGCAAAGCCAUCGUUCUGCAGAAGACCAUCGACUACAUCCAGUUUUUGCACAAAGAAAAGAAAAAACAGGAGGAGGAGGUGUCCACACUCCGCAAGGAUGUCACAGCCCUAAAGAUCAUGAAAGUGAACUAUGAGCAGAUUGUGAAGGCGCACCAGGACAACCCCAGUGAGGGCAAGGACCAGGUCUCGGACCAGGUCAAGUUCAACGUGUUUCAAGGCAUCAUGGACUCCCUGUUCCAGUCCUUCAAUGCCUCCAUCUCUGUGGCCAGCUUCCAGGAGCUGUCAGCCUGCGUCUUCAGCUGGAUCGAGGAGCACUGCAAGCCGCAGACCCUGCGGGAGAUCGUGAUCGGCGUCCUGCACCAACUGAAGAACCAGCUCUACUGACCAGCUCCAGGAACCCUGCGGAGCUGCCGAUGGGGACAGCCCUCGCGCCUCCUGCUGCACAGCUGUGGAGCCGGCAGGCCCGAGACUGGACUGAAGCCUCACACCGGUCAGCUGGCUCCUACUGGGUGUUUGGUUUUCCUAGUCCCAUUCCAUCUGCGGUGGGGCUGGGCUGUGUGUUUUCUUUUUUGUGAAAGCUUCUGAUUAAUUUAUUAUAUUGACCAUAAAACUCAAACCUGCCCAGUCUUCCCCAGCCCCAUGGAAGUCCUUGGGGGCGGGGGUCUGCUCUGAGCAUCCCGGAGAACCCCUGGCCUCGGAUUGCUGCUCACGAUCCCCUCUGUUUGGAAACUGCUUUGUCUCCUGGGUCACAUCGGCCCAAGUGUGACCAUUCUGACAGCUGGGUGGGAGACAGAGGAAAUACUCCCCUAGCCGUGUAGCGCCUGGGCCAGGGCCGCCUCGUCCGUCCGAGGGUUCCCCUGCACCCCGCUCCAGGAGGGAGGGGCGGCUCCCUCGAUCUGCUUCUGCCUGCUCUUUCCCACGGGCAGCAGCACCUCACGCGACGGCAGGUGUGACACAGCACUACAUACUUGAAACUUUUUAUUUUUCUAAACACCAAAAACACAAUUUUGUUAAAGCUACAAUUUUGGAAAGUUAACUGGGCCUCAAAACUAGCCCCAACCCCUUUUCUUAAGGCGGAGGGCGGCUUUUGCUGAGAGAUUUCUUUUUUAAAGGUCUGUUUUCACUUAUAUUAAGCACAGCAACAGAGACAGCCGUUUUGUCUGCGGGUUCACUCCCCAGAUGCCCACAGUAGCUAAGACUGGGCUUGGCGGAAGCCAGGGGCCCAGAUCUCCAUCCAGGUGUCCCAUGUGGGUGCAGGGGCCCAAGCAGCUGGAGCCAUCCUCUGCUGCCUCCCAGGGGGCACUGAUAGGAAGUGAUGGACGUGCAGUGGCUGGGACCUGAACCCGCUGUGCCCACCCCAUCCCCGCAGCCUUUCUGUCAUACUUGUCCGGGUCUCUGUCUCCCAGGCGCCUCAGACGCUGGUGCGUAACAGCCUCUCUCUGCCCCUGUCCUCCAAGUUCCCCUCCAAGCCUUCCUCAGGUUCGAUAUCUGGGAGGUUUGACUAUCCAGAGGAAAUGGAAUAUUUUUAUAUCAAAUUAUAUUACAAUAAAUAUUGCCAAAUGCUUUCCUUUA